CCCUUAAUAAAGGCUGGGCCAGCCCCGGGACACCACGCAGCUGCCCAGCCUGGGGACACCAGCCUGCCCUGCCCAUCCUCUGCUUCCCCCGGCCCCGGGUUCAGACCAUGGGAGUCACCGGCCACAGCGUCUUUUUCCUCCUUUACGUGCUGUGUGUCUUGUGGACCCUGUUCGAAGCUGAAUCCCAGAAAACCAGUGACUGUGCUCGCUGGUGCCCCCUGAACUCCAGAUGUGUCAACGCCACGGCCUGUCGCUGCUCUCCGGGGUUCACUUCUUUAUCUGGGGACAUCUUCACCAACCGCUUGGAGAAUUGUGAUGACAUCAAUGAGUGUGGGCCACCCUUGGCAGUGUCCUGUGGAAAAUUUGCAGACUGCCAGAACACAGAGGGGAGCUACCACUGCGAAUGCAGCCCCGGAUACCAGCUUGCUUCUGGGGCAAAAACGUUCAGGAAUGAGAGUGAGAACACGUGUCAAGGCGUGGACAAGUGUCAGCUGAAACCCAGACUCUGUAAAGGCCGCAGCAUCUGCAUCAACACCCAGGGCAACUACACCUGCAGGUGCCCACCCGGCUUGGAGCUCAACCUGAGCGACCCGAACGUGUGCUCAGAUGUGAAUGAAUGUACCUCGGGGCAAAACCCGUGCCACAACACCACCCACUGCCUCAACAACAUUGGGAGCUAUGAGUGCCGCUGCCGGCCUGGCUGGAAGCCCAUUCCUGGGUCCCCCGAUGGCCCAAACAACACCGUCUGUGAAGAUGUGGACGAGUGCAGCUUCUGGCCGCCUGUGUGCCACAACUCCACCGUCUGCAUCAACACCGUGGGCUCAUACAGGUGCCGCUGCCGCCGUGGCUGGGAGCUCAAACCCGGAUUCCAGAAUAAGCAAACGGACACCACCUGUCAAGAGAUGUCCUUCCCUGCCUGGACCGAACCCCCUGGAAUCAAGAGCCAGAGACUCUCCCACUUCUUUAAAAGAGUCCAAGUUCUGCGCAGAGACUUCAAGCCGGCCUUGGCUCAGGACACCAUCGAGAACCUCAUCACGUCAGUGGAUGAGCUGCUGGAAGUCCCCAGUGACCUGGACGCCUUGGCCCUGCCUGAAAGGCACAAGAUGGCCACCCACCUCCUCUCUGAGCUUGAAAGAGUCCUGAGGACCUUGGCCAAGGCCAUGCCUGGAGCCUCCUUCACCUACCAUUCCCCUUCGAACACAGAGCUGUCCCUGAUGAUCCAGGAGCAAGGGGACGGAUACACCACCAUAGGCCAGAGCCACGCACGGAUGCUGCUGGACUGGGCUGUGGCAGCCGCAGCCAGGGACUCAGACCCCACCGUGAUGGGCAUCCUCUCCAGCUGUAAAAUGCAGAAAUUGCUGGCCCACGCCUCCUUGGAGUUGGACCCCGAGACGAAAGCUAAGCUAAAAGAUCUCCACCAAAGUCCUGUCCGUGGCGCCCAGUACGAGCUCCUCUCAGCCGUCAACUUGGUCUUUCUGAGCAACACAAACACCGAGCACCUUGACUCCCCGGUCACCUUUGCCUUCUCCCACCCUAUGGAGACGCCCGGACCGCGACAGGGGCUGGUGUGUGCAUUCUGGAAGAGUGACGACAGGGGCGGAGGGCACUGGAACACCACGGGCUGCUGGACCCGGGGCACCAGUAAUAACAGCACCACAUGCCAGUGCAACCACCUGAGCAGCUUUGCCAUCCUCAUGGCCCACUAUGACAUAGAGGACCCGAAGCUGGCCCUGAUCACCAAGGUGGGGCUAGCGCUGUCGCUAGUCUGCCUGCUGCUAUGCAUUCUCACCUUCCUGCUGGUGCGGCCCAUCCAGGGCUCGCGCACCACCGUGCACCUGCAUCUCUGCAUCUGCCUCUUCGUGGGCUCCGCCAUCUUCCUGGCGGGCAUCGAGAACGAAGGCGGCCAGGUGGGGCUGCGCUGCCGCCUGGUGGCCGGACUGUUGCACUACUGCUUCCUGGCCGCUUUCUGCUGGAUGAGCCUCGAGGGACUGGAGCUCUACUUCCUGGUGGUGCGCGUGUUCCACGGCCAGGGCCUGAGCAAGUGCUGGCUCUACCUGAUGGGCUAUGGGGUGCCCCUGCUCAUCGUGGCCAUCUCGGCAGCCGUCAGACACAAGCACUACGGCCACUCCCGCUAUUGCUGGUUGGACCCAGAAGAUGGCUUCCUCUGGAGCUUCCUGGGACCCGUGAUCUUCAUCGUUCUGUUCAAUGCUGUCAUCUUCGUGACUACUGUCUGGAAACUCACACAGAAGUUUUCUGAGAUCAACCCAGACAUGAAGAAACUUAAGAAGGCCAGGGUGCUGACCAUCACGGCUGUCGCUCAGCUCUUUCUGCUGGGCAGCACCUGGGUCUUCGGCCUGUUCCUCUUUAACCCACACAGCUGGGUGCUGUCCUACACCUUCACCAUCCUCAACUGCCUGCAAGGCUUCUUCCUCUUCAUCUUCCACUGCCUGCUCAACAAGAAGGUGAGGGAGGAGUACCAGAAGUGGGCCGGCUGGGUCACCGGGAACAGGUACUCGGAGUUCACCACCUCCUCAUCCAACCAGACUCAGGCCCACAGGCCUUCGGAGUCCGGCAUGUGACAGCGCGGCUCCCACCAGACCAGGAGGUCCUGUGGCCUCAGCAGCUUUUGCACGUGUUGAAAGACGGUCCCCUCCUCUCUCGCCCCUCUGCUCCCUCCGCCAGCCUGCCUCGGCCCCC